AUGGUCAUCACCGUUGAAAUUGAAAAUUAUGCAGUCAAGAAAGUCCUCGUCGACCUAGGCAGCUCCGUUGACAUCCUUUAUUGGGUAACAUACCAGAAACUUCAACUCCCAGACACCACUAUCGAUGAACCAAUUUAUGGCUUUUAUGGGGAAAAAUUUUCCACUCGCGACUACAUUAACCUCCAUACCGUCUUCCGCGACGGCGCCCAAACCAAGACCGUUCCCAUCCGCUUCCUCAUCGUUGAUGCGCCUACAUCCUAUAAUGUCCUCCUAGGUCACCCUUCACUCAACACCCUUGGCGCUGUUGUCUCCACACCUCACCUCGCCAUGAAGUUUCCCUCCCUAUCAGGCGACAUCCUCACCAUCCAUGGCGAUCAACGUCUUACACGCGAAUGCUACAUGGCCAGCCUACGCCCACAACUCCCCAUCUUGCAAACUAAUCACAUAGAGCGACCAUCCGGCUCUGGGAUCAUUUUGUCUGGCGAUGAUCUAGACACCAGAGUGGGCCGAGAUGUCCGCCUUGAACCUGUUGAAGAGACCACCCCCUGGAGCUCCCUAAUGGUCGCACCAUCAAGCUCGUAUGUCUCCCAGAAAAAACGCAAACUUGGCGAGGAACGGCGCCUAGCAGCCAAAGCCAAGGCCAAUAAAUUACUAAGCGCGGGAUUUAUUGAAGAAGCCCACUAUACCACUUGGCUUUCUAACGUAGUCGUGGUCAAGAAAGCCAAUAGCAAGUGGCGAAUGUGUGUUGAUUACACCAACCUCAACAAAGCCUGUCCGAGAGAUGCCUACCCAUUACCCAAUAUUGACCGACUUGUCGACGGUGCCGUCGGUAACAAGGUCCUUAGUUUUCUUGACGCCUACUCCGGUUACAGCCAAAUUCUUAGGGUCGCAUCCGAUAUGAACAAAACCACUUUCAUCACGGAUGACGCCAAUUAUUUCUACAAGUUCAUGCCGUUGGUCUUAAAAACGCAGGAGCAACAUACCAACGACUGA